AUGCUCGAAGCCAGACUCCAAAACGCGGUGGUCCUCAAACGCGUCUUCGAGGCCAUGACUUGCCUCGUCAACGAAGUCAAUUUGGACUGCGACGAGUCCGGACUCAAACUGCAGGCCAUGGACCAGUCCCACGUCGCUUUAGUUUCAUUGAAGUUGGAAGAUGUUGGUUUUCUGCACUACCGCUGCGACCGGCCGCGGUCUCUGGGCCUCAACAUGUCUUCGGUGGUGAAGGUCUUCAAACUCUGCAGCAGCCAAGACACAGUCUCCGUGCAAAACGAAGACGAGGGGGACCUCAUCACCUUCGUCUUCGAAAACAACGCGGAGGAGAAGACGUCGACGUUCAGCCUGCGUCUGAUGGGAAUUGAACAGGAGUCGUUGGGAGUUCCCGACGAAGAGGAAAGCGACGUGGAAAUAACUUUCAGCGCGAAGGAGUUCGCGUCGAUCGUGAACACUCUGAAGGAGUUCAGCGACUCAGUGCGGAUCGACGUGGACAAAAACGGAGUGAAGUUCAUCACGAACGGAGACAUUGGAGGCGGAGAAGUAGUUUUGAAGCCUCGAGAAGGAAAUGCAGAAGACGACCUGGACGUCGGCGUGGACGUGCAGGUCCGCCGCCCCGUGAGCCAGACCUACGCGGUCAAGUACCUGGUCUUCUUCGCGAAAGCUGCGUCGCUGAGCAACUGCUGCAAGUUGUCUCUCACUUCUCACCGCCCCAUUUCCGUUAAGUUCGACAUUUUGGACCCCAUUCAGGGCGAAAGCCGCAGCGCCGCCCCCAAACUCGGACACUUCAAGUUCUACUUGGCCCCCAAGAUGGACGACGAGGAGGUCGACGCAGCAGCCGAGGCCAUGCAGACCGAGGGCCCCAAGCCCGAGGGCCACGUCAAGCCCGAGGAGGACAUGGAGGACUAG